GCCCACCCCCGCCCUCUCCUCCCCCCUCCCCUCCUCCGCGUCGAUGGCGGCGGCGAUUAUGGCGGCGGAGCAGGAAGCCGCGAAAGGCGGCGGCAGGAACCGCGGCGGCGUGCAGCGAGUGGAGGGCAAGCUGCGCGCCAGCGUCGAGAAGGGUGACUAUUACGAGGCGCACCAGAUGUACCGGACGCUCUUCUUCAGGUAUAUGUCACAAGGAAAACACGCAGAAGCAAGAGAACUGAUGUAUUCAGGGGCUCUGCUGUUCUUCAGUCACAACCAGCAAAACAGUGCUGCUGAUCUGUCAAUGCUGGUUUUGGAGUCCUUGGAGAAAUCAGAUGCAAAAGUAGCAGAUGACCUUUUAGAAAACUUGGCUAAAUUGUUUAGUUUAAUGGAUCCAAAUUCUCCUGAAAGAGUGGCUUUUGUAUCCAGAGCACUAAAAUGGUCCAGCGGGGGAUCAGGAAAACUUGGACAUCCAAAACUACACCAGUUACUAGCAAUUACCCUGUGGAAAGAGCAAAACUAUAGUGAAUCUCGGUAUCACUUCUUGCACUCCACAGAUGGCGAAGGAUGUGCAAAUAUGCUGGUAGAAUACUCCUCAUCCAGGGGAUAUCGCAGUGAGGUGGACAUGUUUGUAGCACAGGCAGUACUACAAUUUCUCUGCUUAAAAAAUAAGACCAGUGCAUCAGUGGUUUUUACAACAUACACACAGAAACAUCCUUCAAUAGAAAAGGGGCCUCCCUUCGUCCAGCCGCUGCUAAACUUCAUCUGGUUUCUGUUGUUGGCAGUUGAUGGAGGAAAACUAACAGUAUUUACAGUAUUGUGUGAACAGUAUCAACCUUCACUGAAAAGAGAUCCCAUGUAUAACGAGUACCUAGAUAGAAUAGGACAGCUUUUCUUCGGUGUUCCGCCCAAGCAGACGUCGUCCUACGGUGGGUUACUAGGCAAUCUUUUAAACAGCCUGAUGGGAACUGGAGAAGAUGAUGAGACAGAAGAGGGCCAGGAAGAUAGCAGUCCUAUUGAGCUGGACUGAACGACCUCGUCACCGGGUGCUGUGUAGAGCUGACGAUUCGCUGACUCCAAAGACACUUUGGGAAUUGGAAUCUUGCAGUUGUUUCUGGGCGCCUUCCAAAGGGCUCUCCUCCGGUCUUUUAGAAAUGGUUGCUGAAAUGUUUAUAAUGUUUGGUCUAUAUUAUUUAUGUAAAAAAAAAAAAAUUAAAAAAGAA